GGUUUUUGGCGGCUACCCCUUCUCCAAGCCUUACUUCGUUUCUUUCCCCAACUUUCCUAGUGUUUGAAGUCUAGGGUUUUUCCUUCCUUUUUUCUUGUUUUCCUUCGUGCUCUCCCUAAGUCUAAACCCUUGAUAUUUGAUCAUGGCCAACGCUGAUCGUAUCCUUGCUAACUUUACUCCUCUGGAAAUUGCAGAUUCACUGGAGAACUUGUAUCUAGAUUCACAAGCAAUGACCUCCAAAGGUCCUGAGUCCAUCAACAAGGAUUUUUAUGGUGAUAAUGGCUUGCAUAUGUACCAGCAAACUUAUGGUUAUAUGCCAUACGGGGCGUAUUCGAUGACUAGUUCACCUCUUCCUGCUAUGGGACACGAUGGUCAGCUGUAUGCGUUGCAAGAAUACCACUAUCCGAGCCCCUAUUACCAACAACCUUUUGAAACUAUUCAAGGCAAUACUUCUCAAGUUUCAACUUCUGGUGUAGGUGAUCAGGCUUCCUUAUCCACUGAAACAAAUAAGGGAAAAUCGAGUACUAUCAAUGGUGGGGGUCUGAGUGAGAAUAAUGGGCCAGGUUCAUUGAAGUCAACUUUUAAGAACUCCUCUCUAAAUCCGAAUGCUUCAUACAAAAGAGGAGGCUUGCCAACAAGUAAUCUAUCCCAAGGUUUUCAGGAACCAAGGUUUAGUUAUGAUGGGAUUCAGGCAAGCAACCCUUGGUUAGAUAUGUCGGUUUCUUCUAAUGGGCAACCCAAACAUGCUGCAAAUAGUGGGUUCUCUUUGUACACAAACAAUGCUUCAUCAGGCAGGAAUCAGAACCUUCAAAAUUUCCCGCAUGUUGUGAAUUUGCAUAAUGCAAGAUCAUCGUCUGGUGUGGCUCAAGCAUAUGGAUACAUGACUUAUGAUCACUAUGGUAAUGCCAUGAGAGGCGGUUCUGGUCUUGGAUCAUAUGGUUAUGAUGUUUGGAAGAAAGGACUAGGGUGGUAUUCUGUUGGUUACAACAAAAAAUCAAAGGGUCGUAGUUACGGAAAAGAAAAUACGGAUGGUUUAAGUGAGCUGAACAAAGGACCUAGAGUAAAAGGGUAUAAGAAUCCAGAUGGUCUAGGACCUGCAACAGUAGCUGUCAAAGAACUGAACCUUCCACUGACUGAGAGUAAUAAGGACAGUGUUUCUCUUAUUCCAGAUAUUGAACAGUAUAAUAAAGAAGAUUUUCCUGAGAGUUAUUCAGAUGCAAAGUUCUUUGUUAUUAAAUCCUAUAGUGAGGAUGAUGUCCACAAAAGUAUAAAAUACAAUGUAUGGGCCAGCACAUCUACUGGCAACAAGAAACUUGAUGCAGCAUUCCAUGAGGCCAAGGAGAAGCAUGAUAGCUGUCCUGUGUUUCUUCUAUUCUCGGUUAACUCCAGUGGACAAUUUGUUGGGGUAGCUGAGAUGAUGGGCCCAGUUGAUUUUAACAAAACCGUUGAAUACUGGCAACAAGACAAGUGGACUGGCUGCUUCCCUGUGAAGUGGCACAUCAUUAAGGAUGUGCCAAACACUUCACUGAGGCACAUAAAACUCGAGAACAAUGAGAACAAGCCUGUCACUAAUAGUAGGGACACCCAAGAGGUUAAUUUUGAGCAGGGGGUUCAAAUUCUCAAAAUCUUUAAGGAUCAUUCCAGCCAGACAUGUAUUCUCGAUGAUCUCGAAUUCUACGAGUCUCGUCAAAAGAUACUCCAAGAGAAAAAGGCUAAGUGCCAGCUGUCACAGAAGCAGGUUUCGAGUGGGGUGCCUAAUGAUGAUGCUUUAAGUGAUGACAAAGGAAAUACAUACAGCAAUAACAUACGAGAAUUUUAAAAAAUCUGUAGAGUUGGCCUUGAUAGAAGAAUCCACUGUUGAAUCAAUGGAGAAGGCGAAUGGAAAUGUGAAACCCAUAGAAGAGAACGGAUCAGUUGCUGCAACUGAAGGCAACACCAUCAAUGUAGUUCAUGUCGGGAGUACUUGCUAGUUGGUUACUUAGACAGAAUAGGAGCGUGCUUUGGGUUUGGUU